AUGCCGGAGAAGAAAGUGCUCACAGCCGACAAGGAGCUGUUUCUUCGGCAUGCGACUGUUCUUUAUGAGACUUGGAAUAAAGGUGAAAACAGUCUCGGUGAAGUGGAUGCUUUAGUUGUUUUAGUUGGGCAAGAUGAAGGAGCAGUACAGUAUUCAAAAUCGAAAGCAUUCCAGAUUUGGAUGCUCAACACAGAAUUAUUGGAUACGUUAAUGUUGUUCACUAAGAAAGGAAUCUACGUCUUGGCAAGUAACCGAAAGGCAGACUAUUUCAAUAGCGUUAAGUCAGAUGAAUUCGUUGGUGUAGUGCCACCAAUUACACCUAUUCACAGAGACAAGUCUGACAAAGAUGCGGCUAAUUUUGCUAAGCUCUUGGGUUACAUAAAAGAUGACGCCGGAAACAAGGUCGGCCACUUUGCGAAGGAUACGUUCGAUUCGGACUUUAGUAAUGAUUGGCAGAAAGCGUUUGCUGAUGUAGAAAAGGUGGACGUGUCCGGAGCGUUUGUCCAUAUUUUUGCUGUCAAAGAUGAAGCCGAACUUGAAACAUGUCGUAGCUCAGCAGCAGCUACGGUUAAUGCAUGGAGCUACGCGCGGAAGAAGUUUAUUGAAGCGAUUGAUCAAGAAAAGAAAGUAAAGCAUUCACGUCUCGCCAAUGAAAUUGACGCCGAAAUUGGUUCAAUGAAAGUGCAAGGACAACUAGCUAAAACUAAGACUAUAGAGACUUGCUACAAUCCCAUUAUUAUGAGUGGUGGCAACUAUUCAAUGAAAUGGAGCACAGAAAGUUCCGACAAACUUCUUCACUUUGGUGUCAUAGUUACGGCGCUUGGAGCUCGACUUGAAAACUACUGUACAAAUCUGACUCGCACUUUGAUGGUGGAGCCCUCUAAAAAUCUAGAAGAGGCGUAUGAAGGCCUUCUUGCUACUCAGUUGGCAGUGAUAGAAGCGCUGAAGCCUGGCGCCAAAUUGAAUGACGUUUACGCAGUAGGUGUGAAAACAUUCCGCGAAAAGUGCCCCACUUUGGCUGAUAAUCUCUACAAGAAGGAUUUUGGGUUUGUUACUGGCAUAGAAUUUCGUGAGGGUGGUUUAACGAUUAGUCCAAAAUGUGAAGAGGAGGUCCGCGCCGGCAUGGUUUUUAUUGUGUCUGCUGGUGUUGAGAAUCUUACCAACACAAAAGCAAAAGACGAUGCAGGAAAGAACGUCACAAUCGCACUCUCCGAUACUGUUCUCGUGAAAGACGAGCAGAACGAGAUCCUCACUGAGAGAGCCAAAAGUCGCUUAAAAAACAGCGUUAUUAGAUUCAAAGAGGAAGAAGAGGAUGCAAAAGAUUCAAAUAAGGAAAACACUGAAGUGCUUGGUCGUGGGAAGCGAAGUGUAGUGCUGUCGGAUCAGACACGAAACAAGGCUACGAAUGAAGAUAAGAGGAAGGAGCAUCAGAAAAUGUUAGCCCAACAACUGAACGACGCUGCUCGUCAACGUCUUGCUCAAGCCAGUGGAUCAAGUGAAGCAAAGAAAGUCAAGAAAUCGAAUGUAUCGUACAAGUCAUACGAAAAGUUUCCUACUGACACAGAAGUCAAUAAGCUCAAUAUAUUCGUCGAUAAACGCCACGAUACUAUAAUUCUGCCCAUCUUUGGUAUCCCUGUUCCUUUUCAUAUUUCCAUGAUAAAGAACUGCUCUCAAUCCGUAGAAGGUGAUUUCACAUAUCUGCGUAUCAACUUUGCUCAUCCUGGAUCACAGAUUGGCAAAGAAUUGGCGCAGUUCCCCAACCCGCUUGCCACAUACCUUAAGGAGCUCACAUACAGAGCCAGCAAUGUAAAAGAACACGGAGAGGUCGCUGCUCCUAGUAACAAUUUGACUACAGCUUUCCGUUUGAUCAAGGAGAUCCAGAAGCGAUUCAGAACUGAAGAGGCCGAAGAGCGUGAGAAAGAAGGUGCUGUGAAGCAGGACAAACUGAUUCUAAGUACUUCGAAGGCGAAUCCUAAACUGAAGGAUCUGUUCGUGAGACCGAACAUCAUCGCUAAGCGUAUAUCGGGAUCUUUAGAGGCGCAUAUCAAUGGAUUCCGAUACACCUCUCUACGAGGAGAUCGAAUCGAUGUGCUCUACAAUAACAUCAAGCAUGCGUUCUUCCAACCCUGUGACAAUGAAAUGAUCAUUCUGUUGCACUUCCAUCUGAAGCAUCCGGUACUUUGGGGAAAGAAAAAAUACAAAGAUAUCCAAUUCUAUACUGAAGUUGGUGAGAUUACUACAGAUCUUGGGAAAUAUCAUCACAUGCAGGAUCGCGACGACGUCCAAAGUGAACAGAUGGAGCGUGAAAUGCGACGAAAGCUGAACCAGACGUUCCAAAACUUCUGUGAUAAAGUUGUAAAACAAACUAAUGACCAGUUCGACUUCGACGCUCCCUUCAGUGAACUUGGAUUCCUUGGUGUUCCCCACCGGUCCAGUUGCACACUGAAACCUACCUCAUCGUGCCUGGUUAACCUCACGGAAUGGCCACCAUUUAUUGUAACGCUGGAUGAAGUGGAAUUGGUGCACUUCGAACGUGUUUCCUUCCAACUGAAAAACUUCGAUAUGGUGUUCAUAUUCAAAGAUUACAGCCGUAAAACCCAGAUGGUACAACAAAUUCCUAUGAGCAGCCUUGACAAUGUAAAGGAAUGGUUGAACACGAGCGAUUUGCGUUAUACAGAAGGAAUACAGUCUCUAAACUGGCCAAAAAUCAUGAAGACAAUCACCGAUGAUCCGGAAGAGUUCUUCGAAACCGGUGGUUGGAAUUUCCUCGCCAACGAUUCGGAUCAGGAUGCUGAACCGGAAGAUGAAAGCGAAUCAGAGGACGCGUACACGCCGAGUGAGUCGGAAUCAGGUGAAGACGAGAGUGAUGAAGAUGAGAGCGAAGGUGAAGCAACAUCGGAGGAUAGUGACGAAGAAGGCUCGCUGGAUUCCGAUGAAUCUGAAGGAAAAGACUGGUCAGAUCUUGAAGAGGAAGCGGCUCGUGCAGACAAAAAGCGAGAUAUCGAAGAUGAGAGAGGAGGUGGCGAUAGACGGCACAAUGACAGGGAGAGAGAUCGUAAGAGACAUCGUGAUCGGCACAGUUCGAAAGGGGCUCCACCGGCGAAACGACACAAAUGA